GAAGAUCUAACCUCUACACCAGGCCUGAGUGGUGGGCAAAUGGGUGAGCGAAAGGCUACCCUGUUGUGCAGUUACCGUUUGGAGCCUUAUCAGUUCUUCAGGGAUACAAAAGGACACAAGAACAAGACUGUUUGGAUCGUGGUGGGUGUAGCGGGAGGCGCAGUGCUACUGGCAAUCGCCUUGCUACUUUGGUGGUGGCUUCUGGCUAAACGUCCUUCUGCGAUAGAUUCCUUCAACAAAAUCACAGCCAACUGGCAGGGCAAGACGAUAGCCCUCUUCUUGGACUACGACGGAACCCUGGUGCCAAAAGUAGAUAAUCCUGACGAGGCAUACAUGUCCAGCGAGAUGCGCGAAGUUGUUCAAGAACUUGCCUCCUUGUGCGCCACUUCAGUCGUCAGUGGAAGGGCUCGCGAUAAGGCGGAAAGUUUCGUAAUGAUCGAAAACCUGCACUAUGCAGGGAGCCACGGAGCAGAAAUCAAACUCAUUGACGAAACAGAAGCCUACGAACCUGCCCGCGAGUAUGUGCCUGUUAUAAAUCAGGCAAGAGAGCGUUUGGAGGAGGCUAUCAAAGAAAUAAAGGGUGCAAGCAUUGAACAUAAGAAAUUCGGGAUUUCCGUGCACUACCGGUGUGUUGAGGAGGAGGAACAGGAACUGGUUAAGAAGCUUGCCAAGCAAACCAUUAAAGGUUUCUCUGAGCUCACAGUAACUAAGGGUGACAAGGUUGUUGAAGUUCGUCCUAAGGCUGAAUUCAACAAGGGGUUUGCAGUCAAGUAUAUACUCGAGCAGCUAGCCCGCAAAAACAACUGGGACAGUUCUCAGGUGGUCGCUAUCUUUAUCGGUGACGAUAAGACAGAUGAAGAUGCAUUCAAGGUGCUUUGGAAACGAGUUGGCGGACUGGGGAUCCUUGUCAACAAGAAACGCAAGUGGACCAAAGCCUCGUAUUCCCUUGAAGACCCAGCUCAGGUGCAAAAAUUUCUUCAAAUGCUCCUGAACUGGAAGAAGAAGGCAGAGGCUGAAGUUUGAGCGCAGCUUUGAUACAUGUCAUUCGGUUGUUAACUUGUUAUAUAAAACUUCUGAAUAACAAGUACUAGUUUAUGUUCCAAGCAAGUUGGGUAGAGGCUAGAGAUGCAACCCAACAGAAAACCGUGAGAACCUAAACGAGAAGCGAGAAAGCACUAGUAAAUAAAAUAAAGCCCUUUUGUGUGUAAUAAGGUGGUGUUUGUUUCUCUAGUCCUAGGACUUUUUCUAGUCCCUGGGACUUUUUGAAAAAGACUCUCAAGGAGGUGCUUCUAAGGAC